CAAUCAUCGCCACGUAACCAGAUUGGCGAGUCCAAGCACAUGAGUCGGUGGAUAAUAGAUCCAAUCAAUCAUCGGCACGUAACUAUAUAUAUCUGCGUAGGGUUUCCAUUCUCGUUUCACACUCUCUCCUUCCUUCGCUUCUCGCUUCUCGCAUCCAUAAUCUUUUCUCUCUUCUCUUUCGGGUCAACAAUGGCGAGAGGAGGAACAAAGAGAAAGAUCGAGAUCAAGAAACGCGAAACCAAAGAACAACGAUCGGUGACUUGCUCCAAACGCCGUAAAACGCUCUUCUCCAAAUCCGCCGAGCUCUGCCGUUUGUUCGGUUCAAACAUCGCCGUCUUCGCAACUUCUCCGGGAGAUAAAACUAGCCUCGCCUCCUCCUUCUCGGGUCACGCCUCUGCCUCCGAGAUCGUUGACUGUUACUUGAGCGGCACGCUUCCUCCGAAGAUUAGUGUUCCUAAUGAAUCCGAAUUAGGGUUUUGGUGGACGGAUCCCGAUCUUUACAGUUCUUGCGAUGAUCUCUCGCAGUUGGAUGUGAUCGAGGAUCUUAUUAAGAGGACUAAGAAGGAUUUGAUGGAUUGCCUUGGGAAGCAAGAAGACUCUAGGGUUUCUUGUUUUGAUCGUGGCGAAUCUUUAACACAGCAUGCAUCUGAUUCCCAUCGAAACCCUAGCUCCUCUUCACAAGCCGUCACUAUGUAUCAGAAUAUUAGCGACCCUCUCGACGGAUCUUCACAAGUAAUCUAUGGCGGUGAGUUAUCUUCAGGUCAAUCUCGUUACUUGGUGAACAAGGAUUCUGGUAGUUUUAUAUGUGAGACAGAGAAAGAGAAUAACCUAAUUAGGAGCGUACCCCAAGAAACAGAACAAACACAGUCGAUUGUCAACGUGGAUGGUGUUGAUGAGGAUCAGAGCUUUUGGGAUGAACUCUUAUAUUACGAAGAUGUGUUUGGUCUUAAUAACGGUGAAGACGAUGUCAUGAUCGACAUUGGAGAAUUUCUCAACGAUAUAGAGAGUGGAUGAAGUUAAGUGACUUCACAGCUUUAAUUGUUCAAGGUGGGGUUGAUUAUGGUUAUAGUACUAUUUUUUUUAUGAAUAUGUAAUGACGAUGUUGAAACUAUUUCCAUUUUGGGAAGCUAAUUUUUCUCUCAGAUUUUGUCUCUU